GAGCCGUCCAACCCUCCCACCCCCUGCCAUGGAUCUUCCUCGGUGCUACCAGCCGCGUGGGGCCCCGCUUUAAACCGCGGCAGCUGCGCGCGGGGCCGGCAUGAGGAGGCAGCGGGGGACGCUCAGGCCCUGGCUGGGGCUGGCCGCGCUGCUCUGCCUGGCGCACGCCGCCCGGGCCGCCUUCCAGCUCACGCUUCUCCACACCAACGACGUCCACGCGCGCGUGGAGCAGACCAGCAGCGACUCCGGCAAGUGCCAGAGCCGCACUCGCGGCCGCCCCCUGGAUUGCUAUGGCGGGGUGGCGCGGAGAUACACCAAGAUCCGGGAGAUCCGAGCCACCCACCCCAACGUGCUGCUCCUGGACGCCGGGGACCAGUACCAGGGCACCGUGUGGUUCAGCUACUUCAAGGGGCGGGAAGUGGUCCGCUUCAUGAACCUCUUGGGCUACGACGCUAUGGCUUUGGGGAACCAUGAGUUUGACAAUGGUCUGGAGGGAUUAUUGGAUCCGCUACUUAAAAAUGUUAAUUUUUCAAUUCUAAGUGCAAACAUUCAGGCAAGCAGAUCAGUAGCAUCCAGGAUCGCUGGAUAUUUUCAGCCUUAUAAAAUACUACGUGUUGGUUCAGAAAAAAUCGGAAUUGUUGGCUAUACCACUAAGGAAACAUCUUUCCUUUCAAAUCCAGGCAAGGAUAUAUACUUUGAAGAUGAAAUUGAAGCAUUGCAGCCACAUGUGGAUAAACUUACCACACUGGGAGUUAACAAAAUUAUUGCACUAGGACACUCUGGUUUCACUGUGGAUCAAAAGAUUGCUCAAAAAGUGAGAGGAGUGGAUGUUGUAAUUGGAGGACAUACGAACACAUUUCUUUAUACAGGUCCCCCACCUUCCAGUGAAAUGCCAGCUGGCAACUAUCCAUUCCUGGUGAAGUCAGAUGAUGGGAGGCAGGUGCCAGUGGUACAAGCCUAUGCUUUUGGAAAAUAUCUUGGUUAUUUAAAUGUAACGUUUGAUGACCAAGGAAAUGUAAUUAGAACAUCUGGAAACCCUAUUCUGCUAAAUAGCAGUAUUCCUGAAGAUGAAGUCUUGAAAGAAGAAGUUGACAAGUGGAAGAUACAGCUAAAUAAUUUUUCUUCCCAAGUGAUAGGAAAAACUAUAGUUUACCUAAAUGGUACAAGUCAGGCAUGCCGUUUCCAAGAAUGCAACUUGGGAAAUUUGAUUUGUGAUGCCAUGAUUUACAAUAAUCUCAAAUAUCGAGAUGAAAAUACAUGGAAUCAUGUUUCAAUGUGCAUCAUAAAUGGCGGUGGGAUACGGUCACCCAUUGAUGAACACAACAAUAAUGGUACUAUUACGAUGGAGGACCUGCUAGCUGUGCUGCCAUUCGGAAGUACUUUUGAUCUGGUUGAGUUAAAAGGCUCCACUCUCAAAGAAGCAUUUGAGCACAGCGUGCGCAGACAUGGACAAGGAACUGGCGAGCUGCUGCAGGUUGGGGGAAAGGAAAAAGGCUCCUAUACAGCAACCCUGCCUCCCCCUGUGAAUUGAGGGAUUCUUAUGAUGUUCAAACAUGUCUGGGCCAGCAGAGGAGCCUGUCGUUCCAGGGCAGUCCUGCCUCAGGCUGCAAUAUAAAGGGAAUUGUGGUUCCACUCAGAACCAUCACUGCCAGGGAAAAGGGCUCAGAUUUCACACAGCAGCAGAAUGGAAUUAUGCCUUCUGAUCAUCAGCCAUAAUUUAAACACUUGCACUGCCCAAAAAUGGCUUAGAAUGUGGAAGGUAGGAAAGAGUCUCUUGUUCUCAUGCCCCUCCACCCCCCGCAAAUGACUGUCUCCACAUUAAAGCUUGAGAAGUACUUCAGGCAGUCUGACCAGAAGAGAUGAAGAUUCCACUCCCAACCAUGCUGCACCAUCAUGGGGUUACAGAGGUGUAAGUGUGAGAUCCUUCCCCAUGUUCAAAAUGAUCCUGGCUGAUUGCUUGAUUGCAUGGUGAGGAAAUGGGCACCUCGGGAUGGGAUUUCCAAUAUGCACUAAUGUGCUACACGUUAACUAGUCCACAUACGCCCUGUUAGUGCUCAUGAGGAGUUCCCUAGUGUGUGUUAACAGCACUACGUUAAAACACGCUAGGACACUUCUCAUGUGCACCAGCAGGGUUCACACAGACCAACUAAUGUGCAAAACAUUAGUGCAUGUUAGAAAUCCUAACCUUGUCAUGUCUACAUGGCGGUGUAAUGGGCAAGACCUGAGUAAAGACCCGAGUGGUACUAGACGGCUCCUACUUACUUGGGUGCUAGCUAGGCUGCAGGAUCAAUGCAGGCAGCCUUUCAACCCCUCCUGGACACUUAGCAAGCUAUUCCUACAGUCAAGAUGUGUACCAGUGGCCCUCCUUGGUGGUAUGAUCCCCUAGACCAGGACAGAUAGCAAGCUACCUCCCCCCUCUAACGUCCAGGGCAAGUACCAUACACACAUCACCAAAGAACACUCCCUCUCCCCCUCCUCCCC